AUGUUUGAAAAAAAUAUGGAUAGCACAAAUCUGUCGGUGUCCAUUAACGGCGACUUGGACUCGACCAGCUCCGCCGGCACAGCAUCGGAUCAUUCGGCCGUGCAGCACGAUAACAUAAGCUCGCCAAUGGCCUACGGCUCGCUCUUUCUGCCAAAUGCUGGUUAUCGCGGCAACAUUUCAUGUAAAACCGUAUUGCAAUUGGACAAAUUUGCGCCGUACGAGACAAGCGAAAAGGAUUUGAUCGAACGGCGUUUUCAGGACAUCACCAAUGACUAUGACAAAUCGCCGCCGCCCACAGCGGCAACCACGCCCACACACUAUCCCACGCUGAACAGCAUCAUCUUUGAGAACGGCAACGGCAACAGUCUGAGCGAUCUCAACGGCAAUACCAAAACGGAUGCACUCUGUGCGGGACUGCAGCGCGCUCCGACGUCCUUGAGUGGCACAGGCGCGUCCAGUGGGGGUCAUCUGAUAUCCAAUUUAACUGCAGCGCACAACAUGUCCGCCGUGGGCAGUUUUCCGAUCGAUGCCAAAAUGCUGCAGUUUUCCACGGAUCAGAUUCAGUGCAUGUGCGAGGCACUGCAGCAGAAGGGUGACAUCGAAAAGUUGACCAACUUCUUGUGCAGCCUGCCGCCCAGCGAAUUCUUCAAGACCAAUGAGAGUGUGCUUCGCGCCCGCGCCAUGGUCGCAUAUAAUCUGGGCCAGUUUCAUGAGCUCUACAGCCUGUUGGAGACGCACUGUUUCUCGAUGAAAUACCAUGUGGAUUUACAGAAUCUCUGGUUUAAGGCGCACUACAAGGAGGCGGAAAAGGUGCGCGGCCGACCCUUGGGCGCUGUGGACAAAUAUCGACUACGCAAAAAGUAUCCACUGCCCAAGACAAUUUGGGAUGGCGAGGAAACGGUCUAUUGCUUUAAAGAGAAGUCACGCAAUGCCCUCAAGGAUUGCUAUCUGACAAACCGAUAUCCCACGCCCGACGAGAAGAAGACGCUGGCCAAGAAGACGGGCCUGACACUGACGCAGGUAUCCAAUUGGUUCAAGAAUCGCCGGCAAAGGGAUCGCACUCCGCAGCAAAGAACUGAUUUAAUGCUGCCCGUGGGCCAAUUAGAUGCCAAUAGAUUCCCGCGCAUGUUCAACGCCCCCAGCUAUUAUCCCGAAUCUAUAUUCAACGGACAGUAGAGUGCGUUGUAGAAUCUAAAUGCGCAGGCGCUGCUUUGUAAAUACAAAUUUUAAUGUUAUAUUUGGGUCAUCAAAUGACGAUAUGUUUCUAGUUGUAGAGUAAACUUUAAUUUGCUUUAUGU